CAACAACUCUGGAACGCCAUAGGACGAGGAAAACGCCAUGGUGAAAAGUUACACGCGUUACGAGCCCUCCGGAUUUUUUGGGGUCGUCGCUUCAUCCGGGUGUAAUGUCGUAGCUCAACCAUCUGAAUCGGCGAAAUCCGUAGGGAAUGCGAUUGUUGGAGGUCUGGAAAGCAUUUUAGAAUGGGAUCUGAAGACCGGUCAAUUGUUAUCCAAGUGGAAGGACGCGGAUUGCUCCUUCAAGGUCUCCUGUCUUACUAACCAUGGCGACGUGUAUGCCGCUGGUUACGAGGAUGGAUCUAUUCGUCUAUGGAAACAGGGGGAAUUGCUCUUGACUUUGAAUGGUCAUAAAAGUGCUGUUUCUACUAUGACUUUUGACCAAACAGGCACUCGGUUAGCUAGCGGUAGUAAAGACACCGACAUUAUUCUGUGGGAUGUCGUGAACGAAACUGGAUUAUACAGACUUCGUGGACAUAAGGAUCAAGUAACGAAACUCAUCUUCCUAACUCCUAGGGCCGCUGAUGGCGAGGCGAAUACGGACAGUAUCGAAGAGGAUGCCUCGUCUAACAUGGAGAUUGAUGCCGCAAACAUUGACCAAUAUCUAUUAUCGUCUGGUAAAGACUCAUUUUUAAAGCUGUGGGAUCUUUCAAUUCAACACUGUGUUGAGACCCAUGUCAAUCAUCAAGGUGAAAUUUGGGCGAUGUCUGUUAGUCCUGAUAGAAAACGCUGUUUAACUGCUAGCAGUGAUGCAGAUGUUAAAGUUUGGGAAAUCUCGUUUCCUGGUGAUGGAAACAUUACACCUGCUACCAAAGUUUUAAAACUUUUAGGCGGUGUUUCUCGCCAAAGCCGUGAUCGCCCAGUUUCCUUAGACUUCUAUGAUUCCGGUCGAUUUGUCGUCUUCCAGGCCCAUGAUCGUUUGAUUGAGAUUUUUCGCAUAAGAACUGCGUCUGAAAUGGAAAAAAUAAUGAACCGUCGUCGUAGACGCAGAAAGACUGAGGAAGUAGAAUUGACUUUGAAAGAUGAAUUCGAGCCUUUUGCGGUUAUUCGUGCUCCUUCACGUGUUUCAUCUUUCGCUUGGAUUCCUCAUCGACGUAGUCCUUUGUUUGUCGCUGUUCUUCAAAAUAAUUCCAUUGAAGUCUAUAAUGUGGAUGCAAAGGCAGAUGCCACUAUUCCUCUUACGGAGCGAGCUAUGCGCACCAACUCCAUCGAAUUACCGGGACAUCGUGCUGAUGUCCGAACUUUGGCUCUUUCCUCAAACUAUGAAAUGGUCUUAAGUGGUGCGAAUGGUACAUUAAAAAUCUGGAAUCAUAAAACAGGCUCUUGUAUCCGUACUUUCGAAUGUGGUUACGUUUUAGCUGCUGCAUUCGUGAAUGCUGAUAAGCAAAUCCUUUCCGUCAAUAAAGCCGGAGAAAUUGAAUUGUUUGACGUUGCUAGUUCUUCUUUAUUGGAACGUAUUCAGGCGCAUAAUGGACCUAUUUGGGACUUAGCCAUUGGGCAUAAUGGAUCCUAUUUUGCCACGGCUUCUGCGGAUAAAGCUUUGAAAUUAUGGUCUUUAAAAUCUUCUUACGAUUAUGCUCCCGGUACUUCCGUCAAAGUUUUCGCUUUGAGGAUCGAGCAAACUCGUCAAAUUGAUUUUGCUGACGACGUUCUUGCAACGAAAAUAUCUCCCGAUGGACGCCUUAUCACUGCAUCCUUACUUGACAAUACAGUGAAGGUAUAUUAUUUGGAUACUUUGAAGUUUUUCUUGAAUUUAUACGGACACAAGUUACCUGUUCUUUCAAUGGACAUAUCGCACGACUCAAAAUUAUUAGCUACUUGUAGUGCCGACAAGAACGUCAAAUUAUGGGGUUUAGACUUCGGUGACUGUCAUAAAUCAAUCUUUGCGCACCAGGAUUCUGUUAUGAAGGUAGCGUUCCAACCUGGUUCUCGAAACUUUUUUACAUGCUCUAAAGACAGGGAAGUCAGAUAUUGGGAUGGUAACACUUUUGAUUUGAUUCUGAAAUUACGCGGUCACCACUCUGAAGUUUGGUCGUUAGCGGUGGCUCCAACUUCAGUUUUUACGGGCUCACAUGAUCACUCCAUCCGUGUAUGGGCUCAAUCAGAUGAUCUAGUAUUCUUAGAAGAAGAACGAGAACGUGAACUUGAAGAACAAUACGAGUCAACUUUGGUUUCCAGUUAUAGUGCUGAAGAGGCAAACGAAGAGGCAGCAGAGAAUAACGUUGCCACAGUGAGUAAGCAAACCGUUGAAAGCUUAAAAGACGGUGAAAAAAUUUUAGAAGCUUUAGUUAUAGGAGCUAAGGAUUUAGACGACGAAAUCCAAUAUCGACUUGAGAAACUCAACAAUUCGAACAAAUCUAGAACCCCUCGUAACCCGCUUUUAGCUCACUUAAAUGUUUCGGCGGAAGAAUACGUCUUAAAUACUUUCAAGAAAGUUCGCACAAGUCAUCUUGAUGAUGCUCUGUUAGUGCUUCCCUUUGACCAAGUUUUAACCCUUUUUCGCUUUGUUGAUAUUUGGGCUAGCCGAAAGUGGUCUAUCCCAUUGAUAUCUCGAAUCAUUUUCUUCUUAUUGAAGACAUAUCAUCGUCAACUAACGGCUACGAUCAAAAUGCGACCUUUGCUGAAUAAUAUUCGCAAUAGUCUAAGAGGUUCGUUAGUGGAAGAUCGAUCGCUUGUGGGAUACAACCUUGCUGGUUUGACAUAUUUAAAACAUGAGUGGGAUCUAAAUCAUAAAACAUCUCUUGAGGAUAUUGAUAAUUCAAUGCUCGGAAUCGAUGGAAAGAAACGUGCAUAUUCUAAUGUUGUUUAGGGUCUAAAAGACUUAAAAAAGGGUUUAAAGGUUGAAAUGAUGCUUAAUUUUGAAUACUGUUUAUAAAUGGGAAUUUUUGGUACUUAAAUAAAGAUUUUUUUAGGUUAUACGUUUUGUAUGAGAUAGGUGGUUUUUGAUUUCAACUUUUUAUAACUGGGUUGUUAAUAUACCUAAGAAACAAGAGUAUAGUAUUAUAUAUGGUAAAAAUGCUUAAUCUAAAGCGAAUAACCCAUAAAAAUGAUAGAUUAAUA